AUCAUCUCAACAAUUACUAUCACUGUCUCAUCUCCUGCAAUUCCCACAAGCACAUCCUAUACCAACGACGCAGCUUUCAAGUCCGCCAUGCUAGCAGCGCACAACUUUUACCGCCGCGAACACAACGUCUCAGAUCUGGCCUGGAAUGAUACCUCGGCUGCGUAUGCGAGUAGAUGGGCUGGUAAUUGCGUGUUUAAGCACUCUGCGGGGCCCACCGGCGAGAACCUAGCCGCCGGCUACACGAACGCAAGCGCAGCCGUCGAAGCCUGGGGUCUCGAAGGCGCGAAGUACGAUUACGAAAGGCCCGGGUUCAGCGAGACCACGGGCCAUUUCACACAGCUCGUAUGGAGCAAUACGACGACGGUGGGGUGCGGGAGGAUGGCGUGCAAUGGAGUCAAGAAUACGCCGGGCUUUUAUGUGGUUUGUGAAUACUACCCGCCUGGCAAUGUGGUAGGCGAUCAUAAUCGGUACUUUGUGGAUAAUGUUAAGCCCCUGGUUAAGGGGAAGUCGUCGGAU